AAAUUUAUAGUAGGCACAUUUCGAAAGUGUUGCUUUUGGCUGAUACAAAAAUAAACACACAAACUCACCAAAAUGUCAAAUCUAGAAGAUUUCUUUUCCAAAAAGGAUCACAAAAAGUCGAAGAAAAAUUCCGAGUAUUUCGCAGCUGAGGAGCUGUACAAAACGCUCGAAGAAUCAACAAAGUUUUCAUCGGAGGACAACUCCAACCUGGAGUUUGACGUCCAAUCGGCAGAUGGGGAAACUGAUUCUGCUAGAGAUUCAGCACCUCUCAAAUUCGGGAUGCGUUUUUCAGAUGAGGCGCACAGCGAAGAGGAUGAAUGGUCUGAUUUCACCGAGGAGAAUCGUGGUAAAUUUACGAAUGUGCCACGCGACCUACCUAAGGCCCUUGUCUCCACGGCACCUGCCCCAUUCGCUGGCAGCGAUUUGAAAGCGGAGCCUGUGCAGCUCGACACUGGAGGUGAUGGCAUUGAUGUGGGAUUAAAGGAGAUCGCGCUAGCGACAUCAUGUCCCUGGCAGAAGCCGGAGCAGGCCAACCACGAACCGGCCAAGCAAAAUGAACUUUCGGACGGGAAAGGGAACAAUACAGCGGUGGCCAAGAAACAAAUCUACAUUCCUCCGGCUCUCCGCCAGAGCCAGGGCGACUCUAAUAAACGUAAAGCUCAGCCGCAGCAGCGCAAGGUUCCCAGUCCAAUGCCGAAAAAACCCCAAGCCCCCGAUCUCAACAGUCUGGAGUACUUUCCGUCACUGAGUGGCUCAAAGAUAUUGAAGCGUCCCAAGUAGCAGAAAGAAUGUCUCUUUUCUUUAUACUUGAAUUUAAGUUGAAGAUCAACCAACCAUCGUACCCAUUA